AUGACGCGCCUCACUUUUCUCUGGCUCCUCCCGUUGCUCCUUCCUGCAGCCUCACUGGCCAGCUCCCUUGCAGAAGACGACGAGUGCGCCUCUGGUACAGAGUGCGCCCUGCAAGUUUUGCAAAGACGAGCUGUUCAAGGCUGGCGGUUGUCUGCGUUGUCUGCAAAGGUGCAUGCAUGUGCAUGCGUGCACCUGCUCUAUGGUCUUUGCCAGGUGAAUGGAGUGCGUAUCAAGACGCAGUACGGCCACCAGUUCAACUGCCAUGGUUUGACAGCCCCAGCGCCCGCACCGCCCCCUCCUCCUCCGCCACCGGAGUAUCCCUCACCCUACCAUGCAGAAUACCGCGUGACCAACCAAAAGCUGGUGAAUGCAAGCAGUGCUCCACUGAUGACAUUCCAUCUAUAUCGUGUUCACAGCGAUGCGAAUUACAGCUGUUGCGCGAACGCGGACUUGACAACGGCUGGUGCUGCUCUUUUCUACUUGCACAACGAGAUUGUUUGGCAUGCGAAGUCACGUGCCGGGACUAACUUUGCAGACCCAAAGACUCGCAUUCGUAGAUACAAAAUCUGGACGAGAGCAACGCAGCCCCUGUUCGACCUGGGCAUGAACUUUGGUGUCAUGAACGAGUUUGACAUCACUGAAUGCACCGGCCCAUUCGAAUGCGAAAACUUCAAGCGAUUUGGGUAUACAGUUGGCUGCGAGAACUGGGUCGCAGGAUCUCCUGCAAACUUCCCUCACCAGAAGUGGAACAAAUUGAACUUCUACCCAAACGCUUCGUGGUUCAGUUUGCCAGGGCCCUGUCCAUUCGCCAAGCUGGGCGCAAAGAGCAAAAGCUGCCAGGCCAGCCAGCCUGGUGGCCAAUGUCCUGAGGGUGUGCUCCCAAAUGGAACAGGUGACUGCACCUACCAACUUGAGUUUGCUGGAGAGAUCCGCAUUGACGAGCUAGUUGGCAUCACGGAGGAAAGUGGCAACUAUGCAAACUUCAUCAACUCGGGCGGUCGUGAAUACGAUCCGCUGACUGACCAGGGAGUUCACUUGAACUUCUGGGAUGGGAGGUUUGACACCAUGCUUUGUGAAUGGCGGACGCGGAAGCUAGAAGAGAUGUUCCUCAAAAAGUACCCAGAUGAGCCCACAAUCGAAGCUGCAACUUUUGCUGGCUUCGUAAAACUGAGGAAGUUCUACCAUGGCCUUCCCGGCAUGAAAGUUGGCAGCUUGCACAACGAUAGGGCGCGUGCUUUUCGGAGCCGCGAGUCGAUCUAUGGCAUGAAAACAGCCCAGGCGCUACAAAGCUUGGCCCAAAGUGGAGGCUGUGCGCAGCUAGACAGCUUGAGAUGCUUCAGUGAUCGUGGUGGCCUGGGCUUGAGGCAUUUAUCCGCGGCUUGCCGCGGGGAUCGCUGGUUGCAGACCUUGGAUGUGGCUUGGGCCCUGGCUGCGGAGAAGUGGUGGUUCCAUGCUGCAUGUGAAAGAAGCUGGAUGCUUUCCAGUAGCAAGCGUUUCCGCCUCAAGGGCACCGUGUUCAAUUUGGAGCCACUUCAUCCUCAAGAUAAGUGCAUGGCACUGAAGGAUAUCAGCGCCCCCCUGGCAGAAAUUGCAGCCAAGGAGCACGGGGCCUGCUGCAUGGUUUCUGACUGCCUUUGCGCACCGAUGCGCAGUGGCAGCUUUGACGCAGUGCUUUCCAUUGCUGUGUUGCAUCAUUUGUCGACGGAGCCACGGCGCAUUCAGGCUUUGCGUGAAGCAGCGCGCCUUUUGCGACCAGAUGGCCACCUCUUAGUUUACUGCUGGAGUUUUGAGCAGGAUGAUGAGCGCUCGAGAUCGCGACAUCGUUUCGAAGCCCAGGAUGUUUUGGUGCCAUGGAGCUUUCGAACACCUGGUGUGAAGAAGGCGCCUGGAAGUAAGCCGCCAAAGGGCACGGAGGAAGAAGGUGUUGCAGCAGGGGCUGAAGGCGAUCAAAAGGAUUGGGAAGAGCAGCCGCCAGUGUGCCAAAGGUAUUGCCACGUGUACAGGGAGGGCGAGCUUUUGGAGUUGUUGGCGCACGUGCCAGAGUUAGAGGUAGAGGAAA